GUCGGGACCUCAUCGCAGCAAGUAGCUUGGCUUGGUUGCGAGUGGCGUCUUCAGUCUUGAACAUCCUCCGAGACAGAGACAGUAGCAUGACGUGCGCAGAUGACGACAGCAGCUUGGAGCAGAAGCGGCCACCGCCGUCGAUGGGCCAGUCGAUCGAGCGGAUCUCGUUGUCGCCGCUCGUCGUGCCACGUCAGGAAAGCAUGUCGAUCCGCGGCCUUCUCAACCCGCAAGAGCUGCCGCGCGCCGCGUCGUCACUCAGUAUUAGGCGACAAGAAAAUGAAUUCAAACAAGAAGACGGUUUGCCACGUAUGCUCUCCAAGCGACCGCUCGACUUGCUCGACGCCGACGCCGUCUGUCCCAAGCGCGGGCUCUCGUGCAAUGUGCCAGCGUGCCCCAACAAAGCCGUCAGCAAAGGGCGCUGCAUCACACACGGCGGCGGCUGCCGCUGCAAGAUCCCUGGCUGCAAGAACGGCGCCAAGAUGUACGGUCUCUGCCACCUCCAUGGCGGCCGCAAGCAGUGCAAAGCGACGGGCUGCAACAAGUUUGCCAAGAGCAUGGGCCUCUGUUGGGCACACGGUUCAUUCUGCAUACGGUUCACGAGCAUGAGCCUCGCAUUCGCGUAGGUGGUAGCAAGACGUGUGGCAUCCCGCUCUGUGGAAAGGGCGCGCUCAAGGGCGGCUACUGCUGGGCCCACGGCGGAGGGAAGCGGUGCCUCGUGGAUGCAUGCCAGAAGCCCGUCAAACAUGGCACAUGCUGCGCCCAGCACACCAACCCGGGGCGGCUUAGCCCCUAGUACACUAAUAUUUCCCUCACAUAAUAGUUUCGUCCUCGUAUCAGAUGACUUCUUAUCCA